AUGUCAUUUGAUGAAAAGAGAGAUUCAUCAACUGCAACAGAAAAUGCGAAUUUGAACCAGAAUGAGAACCAAGUAAGAACAAACACAGACUCUACUCUUACACAAGAGUCCCAGGGCAAAAAGCAGGAACUUGACGCAAGCUCAAAAACCUCAUCUUCUAGUCCACACGCUAAACCACAACUGAUUUCAAACUCAGAAUCGGAAAUAGAACACAAUCCAAACUCACCACAAUACUACCGGCUCCCAAUUGAACGCGUUGCUAAAGACUUUGACACUAAUGUUGUAGAUGGUUUAACCGAAUCUGAAGCCAAACACAGAUACGAACAAUAUGGUGCAAACACAUUGGGCGAAGACGAAGGUGUAUCGUAUACCAAGAUCUUUGCCCACCAAGUGUUCAACGCCAUGAUCUUGGUACUUAUCAUCAGUAUGAUUAUUGCAUUGGCCAUCAAGGAUUGGAUCUCUGGUGGUGUUAUCGGCUUUGUUGUGGGAAUCAAUAUCGUUGUGGGCUUUGUCCAAGAAGUCAAAGCAGAAAAAACUAUGGGCUCAUUAAGAAACUUGUCCUCACCAACCGCUAGAGUCACUAGAAACGGGGACGACAUUACAGUGCCAGCAGAACAAGUUGUACCAGGUGACAUUGUCCACGUCAAAGUGGGAGACACAGUUCCAGCAGACCUCAGAUUGGUUGAUUCCAUGAAUUUGGAAACUGACGAAGCCUUGUUAACCGGUGAAUCUUUACCAGUACAAAAAAACCACGAGGACAUUUACGAUGAUUUUUCACAACCAGUACCAGUGGGUGACCGUUUGAACUUGGUUUACUCCUCCUCAAUUGUCUCCAAAGGUAGAGGUACCGGUAUCGCAUAUGGAACUGGCUUAAACACCGAGAUUGGCCAAAUUGCACAAUCCUUGAGAGGUAAUGACGGUAUCAUUAGACGAGUAGACAAGUCCAACGGUAAACCAAAAAAGAGAGAAUAUGGCCGUGCCUUUUUUGGAACAAUUUACGAUAUGAUUGGAAAUAUCCUUGGUGUUACCGUGGGAACCCCUUUGCAACGUAAAUUAUCAUGGCUAGCAAUAUUUUUGUUUUGGGUCGCCGUGGUGUUUGCCAUUGUGGUUAUGGGAUCUCAAAAGAUGAAUGUCAACAAGGAAGUGGCAAUAUAUGCAAUUUGUGUUGCGUUAUCGAUGAUCCCUUCGGCUCUUAUUGUGGUGUUGACCAUUACAAUGGCUGUGGGUGCACAAGUUAUGGUUUCCAAAAACGUUAUUAUUAGAAAAUUGGACUCUCUCGAGGCCCUUGGUGGUAUCAAUGACAUUUGCUCAGACAAAACAGGUACCUUGACCCAAGGUAAAAUGAUUGCCAAAAAAGUCUGGUUACCAAAUAUAGGUACCUUGGAGGUGCAAAACUCAAAUGAACCAUAUAAUCCUACAAUGGGAGAUGUCCGUUUUACUCCACACUCACCCUACUUUAUAAAGGAAACAGAUGAAGAGAUUGAUUUCAACAAACCCAUUCCCGACCCAAUGCCCCAAACAAUGAAUGAUUGGUUGAUGACGGCAACAUUGGCCAAUAUCGCCACUGUAAAUGAAGGUAAAGACGAAGAAACUGGAGAAGUAGUUUGGAAGGCUCAUGGAGAUGCCACAGAAAUUGCCAUUCAAGUAUUCACCACCAGAUUGGGCUAUGGAAGAGAAUCUCUUGUUGAUGGCUUUGAACACCUUGCAGAGUUUCCAUUUGACUCCUCAAUCAAGAGAAUGUCUGCAGUUUACACCGAUAAGAAAACAGGUACCACUACUGUUUAUACCAAAGGUGCAGUGGAAAGAAUUGUUGGCUUGUGUGACAAUUGGUAUGGCGAAGGAACAGAUGAUUCGCAAGAUUUAAAAGACUUGACCGAGGAAGAUGUUCACUUGAUUGAAGAGAAUAUGGCUGCAUUAUCAUCCCAAGGAUUGAGAGUGUUGGCAUUUGCCACAAGAACCAUUGACAAAGACUUUGAUUUAACCGAGAGAGAUCCAGUUGAACAACAUCUCACUUUCCUUGGUCUUGUUGGUAUUUAUGACCCACCAAGAGAAGAAACUAAAGGUUCAGUUUCGCUUUGUCACAGAGCAGGUAUCAAUGUUCAUAUGCUUACUGGUGACCAUCCAGGCACUGCCAAGGCCAUUGCUCAAGAAGUUGGUAUUCUCCCACACAACUUGUACCACUACAGUGAUGAAGUGGUUAAAGUUAUGGUGAUGACAGCAAAUGAGUUUGAUGCUCUAUCUGAUGAAGAAAUUGAUGCGCUCCCUGUUUUGCCAUUGGUUAUUGCACGUUGUGCACCACAAACAAAGGUGCGCAUGAUUGAUGCAUUACACAGAAGGAAGAAGUUUGCAGCUAUGACUGGUGAUGGUGUUAAUGAUUCUCCCUCAUUGAAGAAAGCCGACGUUGGUAUUGCGAUGGGUCUCAAUGGCUCAGACGUUGCCAAGGAUGCUUCAGACAUUGUGCUUACCGAUGAUAACUUUGCCUCAAUUUUGAACGCUAUUGAAGAAGGAAGACGUAUGUCUGCCAACAUUCAAAAGUUUGUUUUGCAAUUGCUUGCCGAAAAUGUCGCCCAAGCAUUUUACUUGAUGAUUGGUUUAGCAUUUAUGGACAAGAGUGGUUUUAGUGUUUUCCCAUUGUCACCAGUUGAGGUUUUGUGGAUUCUUGUUGUUACAUCAUGUUUCCCAGCAAUGGGAUUGGGUCAAGAAAAAGCCAGCGAUGACAUUUUGGAACAAUCCCCAAACAAUACAAUUUUCACUUGGGAAGUUAUUAUCGAUAUGGUGGCAUAUGGCUUUUGGAUGGCAUGUUCAUGUCUUUUGUGUUUUGUUGUUAUCGUGUAUGGUCACGGUGAUGGUGAUUUAGGUCACAAUUGUAACUCGAUGGAUGCCGACACAGAUGUGUGUGGCUUGGUUUUCCGCGGAAGAUCAGCUGCAUUUGCCAACAUGACUUGGUGUGCCUUGCUCUUGGCAUGGGAAUGUAUCCAUCCAACAAACUCCUUGUUUUACAUGAGACAAGAUACUGAUAAUCCAUGGUGGAAACAAACCGCUAUUGACCUUUGGGAUAACCAAUUUUUGUUUUGGUCAAUCAUUGGUGGAUUCGUUACUGUGUUCCCUGUUGUUUAUAUUCCAGUUAUUAACACCAAGGUUUUCUUGCAUAAAGGUAUAAGCUGGGAAUGGGGUGUUGCCUUUGGAUGCACUGGAUUGUUUUUGCUCGGUGCCGAGGCAUGGAAAUGGGCCAAGAGAGUGUUUAUGAGAAAGAGAAUAAACAGAAAGGCCAAGAACCCAGAGUAUGAAUUGGAGAGAAACGAUCCUUUCCAACGUUAUGCAUCAUUCUCAAGAUCGGGAACCAUGGAUAAUAGAAAAAUCCCUGUUUAA